AUGGUUACAUGUCCACAAGAAUAUUUACAAAAACACAUUGGAAAGUAUGUGGAAAUUCAAACUUAUAAUAACAGAAAAAUUGAAGGAAUAUUAAGUGGUUUUGAUGUUUAUGUUAAUAUGUAUAUUAAAAAUGCGAAAGAUAUAAAUUAUAUUGGAGAUGUAAUAAUAAAUGGUAGUAAUAUUAUGUUUUGCAAUUUAAAGUAA